UGAGAGAGAAACAAAAAAAAAAAAGGAAAGAAAAACCAAACCCAAGAAAACUCUCAAAAAGAAAAAGAGAGAGAGAAGGGAAAGAAAUAGAGAGCUGGAAUCACAUGCGCUUGUUCUUCUUCUUGUCUCUCUCUUCCUCUUCCUCUUCCUCGUUCUCUUCUUCUAAUCUUUCUUUCUUUCUUUCACUCUCUCUCUCUUUCUCUCUCUCUCUCUCUCGGCCCUAACCAUGAUCCCUCUAUCUGAUUAGAGAAAAACUAACAUAAAAUUAAAAAAAAACACUCUUUCUCCUUCUCUACCUCUCUCUGUCUCUAACCAUGGCUGACGAUAAGGAAAUGGCUGCUCGCGUUGUUGAUAGCAACGAUCCGGUGACUGGUCACAUCAUUUCCACUACUAUAGGAGGUAAAAAUGGAGAACCUAAGCAGACAAUCAGUUAUAUGGCAGAGCGCGUUGUGGGGACUGGGUCAUUUGGUAUAGUUUUUCAGGCAAAAUGCUUAGAAACUGGGGAGACUGUGGCGAUAAAGAAGGUUUUGCAGGACAAAAGAUACAAGAACCGAGAACUGCAGCUAAUGCGUGUGAUGGAUCAUCCAAAUGUGAUUUCUCUGAAGCAUUGUUUCUUUUCGACAACAAAUAACAAUGAACUCUUUCUGAAUUUGGUCAUGGAAUAUGUUCCGGAGAGCAUGUAUCGGGUUUUGAAGCAUUACAGCAAUGCAAAACAGACUAUGCCAUUAGUUUAUGUGAAACUUUACAUGUACCAGAUUUUUAGGGGACUGGCCUAUAUCCACACUGUUCCUGGAGUAUGCCACCGGGACUUGAAGCCUCAAAACAUUUUGGUUGAUCCCCUUACGCACCAGGUCAAGCUGUGUGAUUUUGGAAGUGCAAAAGUGCUAGUCAAAGGUGAAGCCAACAUAUCGUACAUAUGUUCUCGUUUCUAUCGGGCUCCAGAGCUUAUAUUUGGUGCUACAGAGUACACAACCUCAAUUGAUAUAUGGUCUGCUGGUUGCGUCCUUGCUGAGCUUCUUCUGGGCCAGCCACUAUUUCCUGGAGAAAAUGCAGUGGACCAACUUGUAGAGAUUAUUAAGGUUCUUGGCACCCCAACCCGAGAGGAAAUUCGCUGUAUGAACCCAAAUUAUACUGAUUUUAGGUUUCCACAGAUAAAGGCACACCCGUGGCACAAGGUUUUCCACAAAAGGAUGCCUCCGGAAGCAAUUGAUCUUGCGUCACGACUACUACAGUAUUCCCCAAGUCUACGAUGCACAGCACUAGAAGCAUGUGCACAUCCUUUCUUUGAUGAGCUCCGAGAACCCAAUGCUCGCCUACCAAAUGGUCGACCUUUACCGCCACUCUUCAACUUUAAACAAGAAUUAAAUGGGGCUUCUCCUGAGCUUGUGAACAAGCUUAUACCUGAUCAUAUGAAAAGGCAAAUGGGUCUAAACUUUUUGCACCUGGCUGGGACAUGAUAUAAUAUGAUACAAGAAGUGAUAUAGAAUUGAUAUCUGCCAGUUGUUCUCUGAUACUAAGGGGGUACCCAUCUUUUGUGUUUGAUCAUCAAGCUUUAAGCUCUGACCAGCAGCAGCUGCUCUAUAGCUCUUUAUCAGGAGACGUACAGGAUCAAGUGGCUGGAUGGCUGCACCAACUUCUUGAUGUUUUAUUCGCCACGUUUUUUCUCCUCAUACCCUAUCCGUUUUCCUUUCGCUUUUUUGUUUUAUGUAAAUGUUUGAUAGUAAAAGAUAGCAUGAGAUGGACUUGUUAUUAUCAUCAAAUAGCUGCUAGCAGAGGUAAAAGAAAAAAAAAAAAGCUUGAGAAAGUGUCGAUCAUCUAUAGCUAGGAAGAAGAAGGCCCCCUAAUAGAAUUGGCCCAGAGAAAAGAUGGGCGGGCAUUGUUGUUGAAUGUUGGGUUUGGUUCACUUGCUGUGUUGUCUUUGUAUUAGUUUUUUGGUGACUUGUGAUGGCUGACUUUUUGAAAAGCAGACAAUUGUCAUCACUUGCUAUUUGUGCAAAGUAAUGUUAUUAUCGGGUUCUCUUCUA